AUGCCUAUGCAGUGGACAUUGGCCAAUGAGCGCCUGCUCUUCCUUCGCGUCCUAGACGCCUACAAGGGACCGAUGAACUACAAAUGGCUGGCUGAAACUUGGCCAAAUGCCAAUGAGAGACCAACUCCUCGCGCCAUCUCCGAGCAUAUCUUCAAGCUGAAAAAGCUGGCAAAAUCCGACAUCAAUGGCGGUGCUGCCGAUGCAACUCCUGCAUCCACCCCCAAGACUCCGCGUAUCAGAAAGGCUCCCACGCCUCGCUCGGUUGCUGAUACCUCUUCCCGCGCCGGAAGCAAGCGUAAGCGCGAUGCAACGGAGCCUACACCAGAGCGCAAUUUCACCCCGGUCAAUAUCAAGGCCGAGCUCAAUGACAGCCUUACCCUGGCAGACUUGGAGCAGGCCACACCCUCGAAGCGUAGCCGCAAGCCAGCUGAGCACCUCAACAUGGCGGCUUACAUGCCCGAGGAUACCGGCUCCGACGGCGGGGAUAGCAGCGAUGAUCCUGCAUAUGCGCCUGAGGAGUCAGACUUUGUCGACUACGAGGGAAACGCUAGCGGAUACCAGCUACUUGAUGCAAUCUAA